GUAAACGUUAAUAAAUAACUUUUUGUUGAAGUAUUCAGUUGAAAAUGUUUCGAUAUACAAGGUAAUAAGUCGAAUAAUCAAUAAUAAAAUGCGGUGGCAACUAAAAAUCAUUAGAUACUAUCAGUCAUCAGUUGUUGUUUAGCAUGUCACAUUAAAUUAUCACGUAUUUAUUUGACGUUAAUUUCACGGUAUUAGUGAAUAAUGGAACAUUUUAUAAUGUUUCUUAUGUACAUACUACCAUAACAUAUGAACGUGCUUGAGCAGACAUUAAAGAUUAAUUAGGCAGUUUUAAAUACUAAUUGAGUACAGAUUCAACAUCGCAAUCGCUAUAGAUUUGGUUCGUAUGAUUUUUGUCACUAAAAAGUUUCAAUACAAAUAUUGUUUUCAUUGAAAAUAAUAAAAAUGAAUAAAUAACGAACGUUCAUGAGUUAGUAUUGGAAAUCUCACCUAAUUGUAAAUGGAAUUUUCUUUUAAUCUUCACACAACGGUUUUUUAUCCGAAUGCAAGAUAUAUACAGCUAAAAUUAUGAUCAAUUCUAAAGACAAUCUCUUGAAUAUUGAAUUCAAUGAUCUCGACCUGAUGCUGAAUGUCGUCAAUAAUGUAGACGUUGAACAUGUAAUUCAAAAAUAUUCUUCGUAUCUAGAGAACACCAUCAAUGCACUAAUGUAUGAUGAGAAUGUACACUUCAGAACUCAGAAUAAAAUAAUCAACAAAAUAUUUGAUAUGAUAUGCAAAGCAUGGGCUGUGCCCAACUACAAACUUGGGUACUGGUUAUGCAACUCAUUACGGGAUUGUGGUGGACUAUAUUUGUUGAUCAACAAUUGUGUGUCCAAUGAUCAAAACCUACAGUUCUCCAGCGUUAGAUUACUAGAUCAAUGUUUGACGACAAAAAAUCGUGAUUAUGUAUUGGAAAAGGGGGUGGAUAAAGUUUUGCAUGUAAUAUGUGAAUACAAGACACAAAUUAGCUCAAUUGAUAAAUUAAAUAUAUGCACUGGAAUUCUUGAAAAAUUAUUUAAAUACAGAGAAAUUAUGAGUAGCAGUGUAAUACAACUUGGUGGUUUGGACAUAUUACUCUACGAGUAUCGAAACCGAGACAUUAUGACACUGGAAUAUUGCGCCAGUGCUCUAGCAAACUUAUCGCUGUAUGGAGGACCAGAAGGCCAAGAUCAUAUGAUAAAGCAUAACGUACCCACAUGGUUGUUCACAUUGGUACAUAACACAGAUGUUAAUAUCAAGUAUUAUGCUUUCUUAGCAAUGGUCAUUUUGAUAACUAUUAAAGAAGACGAGGUAACCAUAAACAAAUCUAAAACCUUAAAUUUGAUUAAUCCAUUAAACACUUCGCACAUAUCGACAGAAUUUGCUAAAUCCGAUAUAGUUCCACAUUCUCAAGGUCAAAGUCAAAAAUGGCUUAAGAAACUCAUCCCAGUUUUGAAUUCCGUUUGUGAGGCUGCGUGCAACUUGGCUGCAUUCCAUUUUUGCAUGGAUGCCGGGAUUAAAAAGCAACUUGGUAUGAUCAGCAUAUUCAAAGCAAUCAACGUGAUUGAACCAUUAAAAAAAGUGGUUAGUGACGGAAACAUUAUAGCGUCCAAAUUAGCUGCUAAAACAUUACGAUUGAUCGAUGAAGGAGUACCUCAUCAACUUAGUGAAGAAGUUCCUCUAUGGUCAGUAGAUGACGUACAUGAAUGGGCCAAACGAAGUGGAUUUAGGGAAUACGCCAAUAACUUAUCAGAAAAUCUUGUUGAUGGUGAUCUUUUGUUACAAAUAACCGAGGAAAACUUGAGGGAAGAUAUUGGAAUACAGAAUGAUAUUAAGAGAAAAAGAUUUAUGAGAGAACUAGACAAUUUAAAACAAUCAGCUGACUACAGUAGUAAAGAUUCUACUGGUUUACAAUCAUUCUUAAUGUCGAUCGGAUCAAAGUAUACCAUGUACACAUAUCCCAUGUUAAAUGCAGGAGUUAACAGAAACACGAUCAGGAAUUUAACAGUAAAGCAGCUUACAGACAAUUGCGGAAUCGCAAACAGCAUACAUCAAACUCGUAUACUAAAUUCAAUUAGAGAUAUUAAUAUGAUGCAAUUAUCAAUGGACGAAGAAAUCACCGAUGUAUUUAUCAGUUACAGGCGAUCAAAUGGAUCUCAGUUGGCUAGUUUACUCAAAGUUUACCUAGAAAUUCGAAAUUAUCGAGUUUUCAUCGACGUAGUACGUUUGAAAAAUGGACAUUUUGGCCAUAACCUACUAAAAAAUUUAAAGCAGGCGAAAAACUUCGUGCUUGUAUUAACUCAAAAUUCGUUGGAUCGAUGUAUUGGAGAUAAUGAAUGCAAUGAUUGGAUUCACAAGGAAAUUGUGACUGCAAUGCAGAACCAGCUGAACAUAAUUCCCAUCAUAGUAGAUAAUUUUACUUGGCCAGAAAUGCUUCCAGAAGAUAUGCGGAAAUUACAAACGUACAACAUGGUACGGUGGUCACACGAAUUUCAGGAUACAUGCAUGGAUGCUAUCGAAAUGGCUAUUCGUAGCAGUUUUAAUACCAUACCAGAUUAAAUAUAAUAUACAUUUCUAAAAGGAUAUUAUUAUUACUAUUAUUACAAAUAA